CAAUCCACUGUAACAACUCCCAGCACUAAUGCCCCAAGUAGCGCUCAUCGGUUUGAUCAGGUAUAAAUUGGGAAACUUCUUCCUGCACUUUGGCACUUGUUGCGAUUCCGAACGUCUUGAAAAGAAACCAACUUAGAGGCUUCAUGUGGCGAUUAUGAACUCCAUUGACUCGCACAUCCACCACCAGAGUUCACCAGGAUCGAACCCUCACCAGCCCCACCCGAAAAGUGCACAAGAAGCGCCGGAGAUGGCCGUCUACUGCGACAAUUUCAGUAUGUAUCACCAGCAAAAUCUGCACAGCUCUCCGAGGCCGGGCAGCUACGGGCUGGGGGACUACGCACCGUCUGCCAACCCUUACCUGUGGCUCAACGGACCCGGCGUAAAUACGUCCCCUUCGUAUCUCCAUGGAAACAACUCGGCCACGUUCAUGCCCCCGUCCUACGGCUCUCAGAGACAAUUUCUACCAAACUCCACGGGCUUCAGUGGUGCCGAUUUGGGCUGGCUGUCAAUCGCUAGUCAGGAGGAGCUCCUAAAAUUAGUCAGGCCUCCUUACUCUUAUUCUGCUCUUAUAGCAAUGGCGAUUCAAAACGCGCCGGAGAAGAAGCUCACGCUGAGCCAGAUCUACCAGUAUGUGGCGGAUAACUUUCCUUUUUACAAGAAGAGUAAGGCGGGAUGGCAGAAUUCCAUCAGGCACAACCUGUCGUUGAACGACUGCUUUAAGAAAGUGCCGAGGGACGAAGAUGACCCAGGAAAAGGAAACUACUGGACGUUGGAUCCAAACUGUGAAAAAAUGUUUGACAACGGUAAUUUCCGCCGAAAGAGAAAACGCCGGACAGACACAAACGGAGCUACCGGGAAAUCCGAGGACGGCCGCGCCCAUGUCGUCGUCAAAACUUCCGAGAGCCCCCCGCUUCUGGAUCCGUCCUCCCCAGAAUUGGAACCCACCUCUGACGACCCUAAAAGUGCUUCUCCGCCAAGUGUGUCUUCUAGCCCCUGCUUCAGUAACUUUUUCAACAGCAUGGCAGCGCUGGGCGCGGGCGCCGGGAGCAGGCAGGUAUCACUGGGGCUCAUGGCCGAGCUCUCCCAGCGCAGCAUUGGUUCUUACGGAUGCAGCGCCUCCCAGGAAGGCAGCGGAUCCGACGUGACGGACAACGGCACGCAUCUAAACCGGAGUGCUUACUAUAACUCUUUCAAUGGGAAUCAGUCGGGCCAAUACAACGGGCAUUUCUACAACAGUUUCAGUGUUAACAGCUUGAUAUACCCCAGAGAGGGCACUGAAGUUUAGAAGUUACGCUGAAACCGAUGGAAUGCCUUUUUUUCUUAAGCGGAUGGAAAGUCCAUAUACAUAAAUAAAUAAACCUGAACUGGAUUAAUCGAUUUUGCGAAUUUUAUGGUGUGUAGGUUCAUAUAUCUCAACGUUUUUUUUUUCUUCUCGGUCUCCGAAGGGAGGAUACGCCACUCAUGGACCCUUGGACCUAACUGCGUACAAGCAGUGGGCACAAUCUUAUGAACUCCGAUCUGUCCAUAAAAACUGACCUGUUUGACACUCUCAGUUUUUCGCUGGUAGCCACGAAUGUCCCGAACUGCUGGCCCUGGCGUGUUUUCUAUCUGAGUCACUGACAGCCUGACGUAAAGAUUUAUUCCGGUGUUACAUCGCGCAGAUCGUUCCAAUCCUAUGUAAAAUAUGUAAAUAUGCAUCUGUAUAUAUUAAUAUAAAUUUUGUAUUCUAUAUUUUUGUAAAUUAUGUUCUUAAUACCUAUUUAUAAGGUGGGUUUGUAUAAAUGUAACAUUUUUUUUUUUAAAAUAGGUUUGUAAAAUACGUUGUUGAACACGUUGUAAUAAAAGAGGGAAG